UCAUAUAAUAGCGUGUAAAGGUCGCUUUUAGUCUCACAGUAUGAUGCAUUAGUUUUGUGCUUGGAACAGGAGCCAUUAAAUUCGGUAGAUUUCCGUUUGUUAUGAUAAAUACACUGCCCACUCUUCUUACGGACGCGCAACAAUUGUUUAGACUGUGCGUUUUUCUUAGAUUUKGCUUUCGUUUCGACUUUUUCUUUUGCAUUUGAAUACAAAUAUGGUAAAUUGUCGGUCGUUUUUUGCUUCUGUGUUGACUCAGGUGCUUUCAUCCCGGUCGGCGAUAAAUCGUUCUAUACGAACUAGUUUACAUCUAUUUUGAAGUUACUGAAUAAAAGAUAAACGAAGAAGACCAACCCGAGCUCAGUUACCUGAGUAUUAGAUCAACCGAGUGCCUCUACAAAGAUCAAAAGUGGUUGGUGGGUGUACUCAGCGAUUUAGCGCCUUAGAUAUAUAACCGAUAAAUAUUGUAUGUUUGAUAUGGCUAAAAUAUUGGACUAGUUCAUGCAAAAAAGCAUCGCGAUCGCACGGCUAAUAAAAUCAACUUCAAUAAGCAACACUGAUUAAAUGUCUUCUUUAUUACUGUUAGGUUUUAAAAACUCAAAUUAUCGUCUUUACAUAUCGUUUUCCAUAAUUCGUGACUAGGGUGACCUCCUGUUGUGAGUGCUUGUCGCACUUGUUCCGCUCAGUCUUUCGGUUAUUUUUCGUGUGUGUUAUAUCGAUCUAUCACUUUUUAUCCAUAAAUGUAAAUUGAGUAGUGAACAAGCAGUUAGGAAUGUUGAUGACUUGGGCAUUUCCCUUUUCUUAUUGUGCUAACAUGAAAUUAGAUUUGUCAGAUUAGAAAGCUUGACUUGAGGUGAGCAUACUAACAGUCAUAAUACAUUGGAACUCUUUCCUUUCACUAUGUUGUCAUUGUGCAUCCGCUAGACGACCACUUGGGGUUAGCACUGACUAGCAGUAUAUUACCGAUCCUUGCUCGCAGCUAUAAGACAGUUCAAAAUACUGUACCCGCAGCGAUCUAUAUUAUUUCAUAUUUAUGAUAUACAUAUCUUUAAAUCUUGGUCGAUGGCUGCUCGUGAAGGAGCAGUGGUCGUAAUCAAUAAUUAUAAUUUUGGUACGUCAUUGGUUGAGUCAUAAAGGUGCAAUUACCUGUGCGUAGGACGUCCUUUUAGUCCAUAGCAGUGGAUAUAAAUGAUCGUUUUUCUUACAUCACAAUCGCGUAAUGCUCUCAUUAUGAUCAUGAUCUUUCCCUGAAGAUGGACAACAAAACUAAUACGACCACCUCUCCUUCAACUACUUUCCAGUUGUCUGCCAAUGAAAUCUUAGCAUGGUGCAUUGGUUACGCAACCGUGGAUGCGUUUAUUAUUGUUGGAAACACAAUCGCCAUCGUGAUCUUCACUAAAAGUAAACUACUACGCAAACGUACCAACUAUUUCCUGUUAACACUUUCAAUAGCGGACAUGCUUGUAGGGUGUGUGUCUCUACCAAUGUUCAUACAUCAUGUGUCGGUUAUGAUCGAUUCUAAUGUCAGUCCACUAUUUAACAACAUUUACCUCACUCUAGAUAUUUUUACGGGAUUUGCAUCCAUAUUCGCACUGACCAUAAUCGCUCUGGAGAGACUCUAUGCUGUUGCUUUACCAAACUGGCAUCACACUACGCUUUCGUCUGUUUAUUUCGUGCUUAUUGCAGUCAUAUGGUUUUUGGCGGGCAUUUUCGGGAUUCUGCGCAUGUUGUUCAGUUAUAAGUACGUCAUUGGAGAUGCCUUUUAUAAUUCAACAAUGGCUGCUUUAUUUACAUCCCUGGUCGUCAUAUGUUUGGCUUAUAUCUGUAUUGCUGUGAAAGUCAGAUGGAGAAUCAACGAGAAAACCAAGAAAACUAUCGAAAAAAAUCGUAAACUUGCAGUUACACUGAGCAUUGUCACUUUGAUAUUUGUCGUGACGUGGUUACCGUUCUAUCUGUUGAACAUCGUGUUUAGAUUCUGUAAACCCAGCAACUGUCCACACAAAAUAGACUAUAACGUUGUAUUGUUUAGUAAAUUUUUACAAUACUGUAAUUCGUUCAUCAACCCAAUCAUCUACUCGUUUAAAAUUCCUGAUUUUCGUGUUGCUCUUCUUCGAUUGUUUGGUCGUAACACGCUCUCAAGACCAAGUUCUACUUGGAUAUCGCUGAAAGACACAAGAAAACGUUCCGGCAACCUGAGGCAAGAAAAUGGAAAUGGCACAGAAAAUGGAAUCUUCCGUAAACGAAUUGGAUCCAGUGAAACCGAAGCAUAAUCAUGAUUUGUACAUCUGUGGUAUCACGUGACUUCGCGAAAAGAUGUCUGAUUGUGUAUAUGAACUACUAAGCGCAUGUCAAGUGCAUUUUUUCAAGAUAAAUAUUAAAAUGUGAAUCAAGUGUCGAUUUUGUUUCAUUCUGCUACCGGAUCCAUUUAGAGAGAUCUUGAUAUGGAUGUUAUACAGUACUGAAUAAGUAGUUUCACAGAUGGAUGGACCUUAGUAAAAUGAAUACAAUCAACUGAUAACAUAAUAUAUGGGCAAAGCAAGAUUUGUAAAUAUAAUCGUGUGUGAUUUACGCAGUAAGUUAUAUACUACUACAAGGAGGUGUUAAUACUGUACGAAUGAGAUAAUUAGAUGCUAAUUAAAGACUGGCCAUUAUACAAUUGUAUAUUAUAUCUGUACAUAAUGGAUAUAUAGGAUUAACUCAUUCAUAACAAGGAUUAUGGCUUGCUUCACCUGCAUUUUAAAGUAUGGUUAAAAAUAUUAGAUUUGAUCCCUGAAUUGCCAAUAUAUGAAGGUAUGAAGGUA